UGGAAUGACGCUGGUCUGACUGAAGAAAGUAAUUGUCAUGUUAGAACACAAAGCAGCAAUCACUCUGUCGACGCUGGUCCAAAAGAACGAAGGCGUAGUCUUUGUGUUGUCUGGGUUUAUCAAUCGACAGCGGAGUUCAUUGGUAAGCAGGCUUUGGAAAUGGGGGCAGAAUACCGACCAGACUGGGAUUCAAAUUGCACCCUCUUGGACAAACAAUCUUCUCACCCUGCUAAAGAAAUCUUUUCUCCUUCUCAAGUGAAGAAAUGGGCUAUUGACGGUUUUAUAAAAACAAUCUCAUGGCUGGAGACUCAAAAGGAAAAGGCAAGUAGUGGUUAUUACUUUUCUUGUCUGCUUAUUGCUGGCUCCCUAUUUCUGUAUCCAGAUCCUAGUGAGAUAAAACAUGUAGCUGCUGAAGGGAUCUUCACUUGUUUGCAAGAUGCCAUAGAUUCUCUUGAACAAAAGCAACAGACAAACGCCACCAUUUCCUUCUUCUUCCUCACCCAAACCAGAAACAUUUGCACUUUCUCCUUCUCCCAUACUUGCUACCUCUCCAUUUCCUCUCUUUAUAACUUUCCGUUUCCCUCUUUUUCUCUAUACAGUCGCACGACGAUGGUAGCUUUGCUGCCUCCUAAAGAGGCUAACCUCUUCAAGCUCAUCGUCAAAUCAUAUGAAACUAAACAGUAUAAGAAGGGGCUGAAGGCAGCAGAUGCCAUACUAAAAAGGUUUCCAGAUCAUGGAGAAACUUUAUCAAUGAAGGGUUUGACAUUAAAUUGCAUGGACCGUAAAGCUGAAGCAUAUGAUCUUGUUCGGCUAGGACUAAAGAAUGAUCUCAAAAGUCAUGUUUGCUGGCAUGUUUAUGGCCUCCUUUAUCGGUCAGACAGAGAAUAUAGGGAGGCAAUCAAAUGUUACAGAAAUGCUUUGAGAAUAGAUCAAGACAAUAUUGAGAUACUAAGGGACCUUUCUCUCUUGCAGGCACAAAUGCGUGAUUUAGCUGGUUUUGUUGAAACAAGACAACAACUUUUAACACUGAAACCAAAUCAUCGCAUGAACUGGAUUGGCUUUGCUGUAGCCCACCAUUUAAACUCAAAUGCUGCAAAAGCAGUUGAAAUUUUGGAAGCAUAUGAAGGGACACUAGAAGAUGAUUAUCCACCAGAUAAUGAGCGUUGCGAGCAUGCUGAAAUGCUUUUAUAUAAGAUUUCUUUGCUCGAGGAGUGUGGUUUUCUUGAGAGAGCACUUGAGGAGUUGCACAAGAAGCAGCCAAAAAUUGUUGAUAAAUUAGCUUACAAAGAACAAGAAGUUUCUCUUCUCUUGAAGCUUGGCCAUCUAGAAGAGGGUUCUAAAAUUUUCAAGGCAUUACUUUCCAUGAAUCCUGACAAUUACAGGUAUUAUGAAGGCUUGCAGAAAUGUGUUGGGUUGCAUUCAGAAAAUGGUCACUACUCCUCUGAUGAAAUUGAUCAGUUGAAGUCCUUGUACAAAUCACUUCAAGAGCAGUACACUUCAUCAUCAGCUGUUAAGGUGAUGUAUCAUGUUAUUUUCUUCUUAGAAUUGAGAUGGAAUAUGUCAGUGCUGUAAGAACUUGUUGGAUAGUGUAAUAUGCCAGUUUCAAAAGUGUCGAAAGAUGUUUAACCCAUGAAUUGCUUUUAAUAUUCACUUAAAUUGUUUGAACCAAUCGUUACCACUCUUACAUUGACAAUAUGUUUUGGCUAUUUUUAACCCAGCAUGGGAGUUGCCUAGGCCCUAGGUAAGGUUUUACUUAGGUGCGACCUCCUGAGGGUCAGAUCCUUAAAUUCUGUGCCACUUGUUUUUGCAUUGUUGAUCAUCAUCAUUGUUGUCAUUACAUACAUGCCUAUUGUCUUUAUUCACUGUGACUUUUAUUCGCUCCCUCUUUCAAAUUUAGAGGAUUCCACUUGAUUUUUUGCAAGGAGAUAAGUUUCGAGAAGCAGCAUUUAAUUAUAUCAUGCCUCUUCUAACUAAGGGAGUUCCUUCUUUGUUCUCUGAUCUUUCUCCUCUGUAUGACCACCCUGGAAAGGCAGAUAUUCUAGAGCAAAUUAUUCUUGAGUUGGAGCAUUCUGUCAGGACCUCUGGGAGAUACACUGAAAGGACAGAAAAAGAGUCCCCUUCAACACUUAUGUGGACUUUGUUCUUUUUGGCUUAGCAUUAUGACAGAAGGGGCCAAUAUGAGCUUGCUUUCUCCAAGAUUGACGAGGCUAUAGAACACACUCCAACUGUUAUUGAUUUAUAUUCUGUGAAGAGCCGGAUCCUGAAGCAUGCUGGUGAUUUGGUAGCAGCAGCUUCAUUGGCAGAUGAAGCUAGGUGUAUGGAUCUUGCAGAUCGCUACAUAAACAGUGAAUGUGUCAAGCGAAUGCUGCAGGCAGAUCAGGUU